AUGGCUGAAGAAUAUGUGCUCCCUGCAAAGGACAUCAUCGACAAUGCCAGAACGAAGCUCCUCUACACAGUGCCAACAGAAGGCUUAGGAGAAGAUGCAGUCAAACAUCACCUCGAGACUCAUAUCGCUCCAGCUCUGAACCGACAAAGCCAGUCACCGACCUACUACGGCUUCGUAACAGGCGGUGCCACCCCAGCAGCGAAACAUGCGGAUCAUCUCGCCGUCGAACACGACCAAAAUGUGCAAGUCCAUCUACCCGACGACACAAUAUGCACAGACGUGGAGGACGCUGCCCUACGAAUGGUCUGUGAUUUGCUUCGUCUAGACCAUCAUGACUGGCAGCAUCGGACCUUCACUACUGGGGCAACUGCUAGCAACAUCGUCGGUCUUGCGUGCGGACGCGAGUAUGUCAUACGCGAAGCAGCAAAACGCAAAGGCAAGGACGUGAACGCCUACAACAUCAGCGAGCGUGGCCUGUUCACAACGAUGUUGGAGCUGGAUCUCUCCAGUAUCCAAAUUUUAACAACAGCCCCCCAUUCCUCCCUCCGAAAAGCAGCCUCAAUCCUCGGUCUCGGCAGAGAAAGCGUCCAAGAUCUCGGCCUCUACCAAACCCCCCACAACUUCGACUUCAACGCCCUAGAAGCAGCCCUCCAAAAGCCCAACACCGCCUCAAUCAUCGUCGUCUCCUGCGCCGAAGUCAACACCGGCUUCUUCGCCACUUCCGGCAACGACAUGCAUAGCCUCCGCUCCCUGGCCACCAAAUACAACGCCUGGACCCACAUCGACGCCGCAGUCGGCCUCCCAGCCCGCUUCCUGCCCUCUGGCGAUAACACUCUCAGCGCGAUUUACGAUGGAGUCAAGGACAUUGAACUCGCCGACUCCAUCACAGGCGAUGCCCACAAACUCUUCAACGUCCCCUACGACUGCGGCAUCUUCCUCUCCCGCCACCUGGGGCUCGGGAUGCAAGUCUUCCAAAACGUUGGCGCCGCCUACCUCGCCACUGGCCUUACCUCUAGCGUCCCCUCUCCAUUAAACAUCGCAAUCGAAAACAGCCGACGCUUCCGCGCCUUACCCGUCUACGCCACGCUCGCAGCGUAUGGUCGGUCAGGCCUGGGGGAUACUCUCAAGCGUCAAAUCGCCCUUGCACGAAGCAUUGCACAAUUCAUCGCAAGCGAGCCUGGGUUUGAAAUUUUGCCUAGGUCACCACCUUCGUUCAAUAAGGUGAAGGAGCAAGGGAUCAGCCGGAUUUAUAUUGUCGUGCUGUUUCGUGCUACGGAUGAUGCGUUGAAUAAGGAAUUGGUGCAGAGAAUCAACGCUACCCGGAAGAUUUUCGUGAGUGGGACGCAGUGGGAUGGACAGCCGGCUGCGAGGUUUGCGCUGUCGAAUUGGCAGGUUGAUGUGGAGAGGGAUAUGGCUUUGAUUACGGAGGUUCUGAGGGGAGUGCUGAAGGAUUGA